AUGGCUCCAGCUCUAGCACGCCCUGAGUCCGACGACUGCCUGACCUCGUUUGAUGAGGCCAGCUACGAGUUCUUUGGCGGCGGUGCCGACGAGUUUCACGCGGCCUACGAGGAGCUGGAGCAGCUGGGACAAGGUGAGUUCGGCGUCGUGCGGCGUGCGUAUCACCGAAAAACCGGGGUACAAGCUGCCGUCAAGCACUUGCCGAAGUCACCGAAGAGUCGGGCAGAGCUCGCGGCUUUGUCGCAGAUGCGGCAUGAGAACAUUGCAAGGCUGUAUGCGUACUUCGAAGCUGACCAGGAGCUCCUCCUUGUCAUCGAGCUUUGUGAUGUUGGGCUUCUGUCCGAGCUGCUGGUCAAGCGACAGCAGGGUCGCGCGCUUGGCAGCAGCGACGACUGCGUGUUGCUCAUGCAGCAGCUGCUCGCCGCACUCAGCCACUGCCACGACAGCGGUCGCAUCCACAACGACCUGAAGUUCGACAACAUCAUGCUGGCGUCCGGCGCGAAGCAGCCUAAGCUGAAGCUGAUCGACUUCGGAAACUCGCUUUCGCUGCAUGAGGCGGGCAAGACGCCCUCGGAUGACAUGUGGUUCGCCGGCCUGACCUUCUUCCAACUUGUUACAGGCCUUCCCUUCUUCCUGAUGGACAGCGAUGAGCUGGAGUCCUUGGAUGAGCAGGGCGUCUACGUGGAUCCGCAGAAGAUGCAGUGCGAUUCUAUGUACUUGCAGCUGCGCCUGUCGAUUGCGAAGCGCUUCGCAAGCAGCAUUGCCCUGGAUCUCCUUGCCAAGAUGUUGCAGUUGGACCGCACCGCGCGCAUAGCGGCAGCAGAGGCACUUGACCACCCGUUCUUCCUCACAGUCCGCCGUGCCGAGGCAGACCCGGAGGAAGUGAAGGCCGACAAGGAGGGCCGCAAGGGAAGCCUCCAGAGCGUCGCGUCCACGGCGGCAACAGUGACGAUGUGA